AUGCUAGUUCCGGCCGGCGCGGCUACAGACGCAGUGAUUGAGGACUUGGCGGCAUUGUUUGAGAGCAAUGACAUCAUCAUUGACGUUGGCAAUGCGAAUUUUCGUGAUCAGAUCCGAAGGGCCGACAGCCUGGAGAAGCGCGGUCUGCGCUUUCUCGGAAUGGGGGUCAGUGGUGGCGCAGAGGGCGCGCGCAAAGGACCUGCGUUUUUCCCAGGAGGCACAUUGAGUGUUUGGAAUGAUGUGAAGCACAUCAUUGAGAGAGACCAAGACGGAUUACAUAGAGUUGCCGUAGCCCGGCGCGCGAAACUGGAGGAUCAGGAGCAAGGUGUCAGCCGUAAGGUUGGCGUGCAUUCUCACUGGCGCAAAGUCUGGCAUAGAGGACGUGUGAGUAUGGGCACCGCAAAAAGAAGUUCAUUUGAAAAGACGGCAAGGAAAAAGGACUGUAGAUAUGUAGAUGCAUUUGGGACGGCAUUUCAGAUACAAUGCCAAGGCAUUGUUCAUCACACACUGCGAGAGCUUUAUGGCGACUGCUUUGCCCGCUACAGUGACAAGGAGUUCUUGGUUUACGAGGGUGAGCGCUUCACCUUCAGCCAGGCGAUGGAAAUCUCGGUUGCCCUCGCCCGGUCGCUUCGGCAGGACUUCGGCGUUCAGCGAGGGUCCUGCGCAGCUAUCGCGGGACGCAAUUUUCCGGAAUGGAUCUUCACCUUUAUGGCCGUGACCAGUCAUCUCGGUGCUGUGGCCUUGCCCGUCAAUGCGUGGUGGACUGGCAACGAGCUCAAGUACGGCUUGGAGGAUUCGCAGAGUUGCCUGCUUGUGGCGGACACGGAGCGACUGGAACGCGCUCCCUUCAUUUCGAGCAUGGGAAUACCGGCCAUAUGCAUGCGUGCUGGAUCAUCGACUCCACCGCAUGGUGCUCAACGGUUUGAGGAGGUUGUCAUUGCCGGGCAGAAGUUGCAACCGCUGAACACAGCAGCUGUCACACAAGAUGAUCGAGCAAUGCUCAUGUACACGUCAGGGACCACAGGCAUGCCGAAAGGGGUGGUCUCCACGCAUCGCAACAUCUGCUCCGCGCUGAACACAUUGCGAAUGUACUUCGUUCAUGAGCAGCCAGCGCGGCAGCUGGUUGUCAUUCUGGCCGUUCCACUAUUCCAUGUGACAGGAUCACACAUUGCAAUGCUGGCUGCCAUCUGUCGAGGGGACCGGCUCAUCCUCAUGUACAAAUGGAACGCCACUCGAGCACUGCAGUUGAUCCAAGAGGAGAAGGUCAACAGCAUCGUUGGAGUUCCCACGAACACCUAUGAGCUGGUCAACCACCCCGAUUUCCAGAAAUAUGACACUUCAUCAAUGACGAAUGUGGGUGGUGGGGGUGCUGCCUUCGCUGCUCCAAUGAUCAAGCGCGUCCAGCAGACUUUCCAAAAAGCAAAAGCCGGGACCGGCUAUGGCCUGACGGAGACAAAUGCCGUCAGCGUCAUCAUGCCCGCGCUGCUCUUCCCCGCACGUCCGACUUCUUGCGGGCUGCCGGUGGCAAAUGUCGAUGUGUGCAUCCUGGGUGAAGGUGACGCAAAACUGCCACCAGGGGGAGUAGGCGAGAUCUGCUUACGAGGCCCCGCCAUCAUGCAAGAGUACUGGAGAAAGCCAGAUAAAACUAUGGAAGCCUUCCAUGUGGAUGAGCAUGGAGAGCUGUGGUUCCGAACUGGUGACAUUGGAGCCGUGGAUGAAGAUGACUUUGUGUAUAUUAUGGACCGCGCAAAGGAUAUUAUCAUUCGAGGAGGGGAAAAUAUUUCGGCCAGCGAGGUCGAAACUGCGCUCUAUGAGCACCCGGCAGUGGCAGAGGUGGCAGCUGUAGGGAUGCCUGACGAGGUAUUGGGGGAGACUGUAGCUGUGGCCAUUGUUUUCAGGAAGGGCAAGGCACCACCCAACGAGGAGGAGCUUCGUGCCUUUGCUGCCGAGCGCUUACCACGCCACGUGGUUCCGAAGGAGUUCUUCACCUGGCCUGGUGAGGCUCUUCCAAGAG